UUCCUCCUCCUCCUCCUCUUCCUCCACCUCCUCCUCCUCCUCCUCCUUCCGUUUCUCUGAGGUCCUCGCGGUCUACGCUCUUUCUUAAUUCAGUCCAAUGAGAACUGUUCUUCGAUUCGUCACACCCGCCGACAAAUCUCUUUCUAUUAUCUGUUUUCCUCUCUCCUUCUCUGUCGCACCGUUUCGUUUCGCGAAAGAUCGCCGCCAAAUUUUGAAAAAGCGACGACGAAACGGGUACUCUCCACCGCUCUCCUCCGACGCCGAUCCCCGAUCGAGCGAGCGAGCGAUCGCGAUUGCGAUCGCGAUUGCGAUUCGCACGACGCAAGUACAUCGCGAUGCGUCGCAACGCGGUAACGUCGUAAAACCGCGACGGGUGCAUCCUUCGCGCUGGAUGGGACACGCCGUACACGCCGUACGCGCCGCCGUCGAGCAGGAAAAGGAUCCUCGCGGAAGACGGACGCCCGUCACUCCGCGAGUUUGUUUUGACGACGGUUCACCGUGUACGGUGCUUACGUGCUGCACGUUACGCGAGAGGCGCGAGCGCGCUGCGUCGUAAACACGCUGUGAUCUAAGUGCGCGAUUCCCACGAGAGGGAACUACGUUUAUUAACGUUGAGGAACGUUGGCGAACGCGUGGAGCGAUUUAUUUUACGAAUAUUCACCAAGAACGCCAAGAUCGUCCAAGAGACCUACAUCUCAUCGUCGUCUUUUGCGUGUUACAUAUACAGCGUCUUACAGCGUCUUACAGCAUCUUACAGCAUUCUGUGCCUCAACGAUCUCUUCGACGUAUCCUCGCGGACACGAAGCCAGCAGCCGGAUUCUCGUGCGUCGCGGGCGAUUGGACGAUCCGCUGAAACCGUGAGAGAAAACGCUCCUUCCUAGAGGAUGCGAGGAAGGAUUUCUCCUCUUACCGAGGAAACAUGUCUCGCAGCGGUCGUCGCAACGCGCGAACCGGUUGCGCGCUCUUAAAAUAGUUUCUCACGCGCGUAGGUAACUGGCGCGCACCGUUGUCCCGCCGCUGGAACACGCCGCCGGAGUAGUGCCAGGAUGACGAGUUGGAGUGCAUUGUUUGUCGCGGCCGCCGUCGGGAUUCUGUUGUUGACGACCGCGACGAAACGCUCGGAAGCGUGCAACGAAGCGAUCUGCGCCAGUGUCGUGAGCAAGUGCAUGUUGACGCAAAGCUGCAAGUGUGACCUGGUCACCUGCACUUGUUGCAAAGACUGUUUCUCGUGCUUGAGCUAUCUGUACGACGAGUGCUGCUCGUGCGUAGAUUUAUGCCCGAAGCCGAAUAUCACCGACAAUCCGCUGAGCAGAAAAUCUCACGUGGAGGAAUUCAGUGAGCCAGUACCAGCGCUCUUCCAAGCACUCACGGCCGAAGCGGAUCCACACGAAAGAUGGCUCACCUUCACAUAUCCGGUAGACUUCGACAUGACGGUGUUCGCGCCGAAACACGAGAAUGAAAUGAAAUAUCAUAUACAGACCGCGAACGGAGAGGAGCUGCAUCCGUUGAAGCCGAACGUGAUGACGGUGAACUGCACGGUCGCGUUCAUGGCGCAAUGUAAUUCCUGGAACAAAUGUCGGGCAUCCUGCCAGAGCAUGGGCGCCACGAGCUACAGGUGGUUCCACGACGGCUGUUGCGAGUGUAUAGGCGAUACGUGCAUCAACUACGGAAUCAAUGAAUCGAGAUGCACGCUGUGCUCGCAGGGGGACAAGGAGGAGGAAGAUGACCUGAAGGACACGCAAACAGCGUAUGACGAUUAUGGUCAGGACGAAGACGAAGAUGUGCUGGGCGAAGACGUAGAAGAUUAGCCAUCGCAUUAGCAGUUCGUCUAUGAAGCUUUCCCUCGUCAUUCUUUCGUGUAAAAUAUACGAGUAUAACAAGGGGAAAAGUGUUUGUGUAAAAGACAUUCCGAUAAAAUUAUGCGAG